GAACAUUAGCAUCCGGGCUGCAAACCGCUCUGUUUAUAUUUUGAGUAUUAAGUUUUGAAUUUAUGUUAUAUAGCUGCUCCAGACACAGUCAAGUCGCCUCAAAUUGACAACCGGAAGACGGUUAGGUUCUUAUUAAACGACCCACACAGCAACAAAACUGGCCCCUCCACUGCCUGUCACCAUGCCCGCCCUGCUGGAGAGACCCAAGCUGUCCAACGCGAUGGCCAGAGCCCUCCACAAACACAUCAUGAGGGAGAGAGAGCGCAAGAGACAAGAGGAGGAAGAGGUGGAUAAAAUGAUGGAGCAGAAGAUGAAAGAGGAGGAAGAGAGGAAGAGGACGAAAGAAAUAGAGGAGAGGAUGUCUUUGGAGGAAACCAAAGAACAGGUAAUGAAGAUGGGCGAAAAACUUCAGGGACUCCAAGAGGAGAAACACCAGCUCUUCUUACAGCUCAAGAAAGUACUUCAUGAAGAGGAGAAGAGGCGCAGAAAGGAGCAGAGCAUGUUUUUCCUUUCUAGUGAUAUCACAACACUGACGUCAGCCAGCUACCAACCCAGCUUGCCCAUGCACGCAGGGCAGCACCUCCUCAGCAUUCAAGGUAGCCCAGUCAGCCACAGUCGACCUGGUGCACUACUUGGAGAACGUAGUAAACAGCUGUUCCCUGCUGCUGUCAUUCCAGCACGUCACUAUCAGACACCCGGGUUCAGCUCAGGCUCAGCAGAACACGGACAGUUCAGCGGGGGUCAGGGCGUCCAUGAGCCCUAUGGGGUCGCUCAGGCCCAGCAUCCCUCCACAUACGCCCCUGGACCAUCAGUACCUGUCAGUUUUGCUAGCAGCUCUCAGAUCAGAGGUGCGUCUGCGUUUCAGGCCAUGCAGUACCUCCCCCACCAGCAGCCUGGCUACCCUGUCCACAGUCAUUUCACCUCCCAACCUGGUUACAUUCCCGGAGCAGGGAUACCCCUUCAGAAGCAGCUGGAACAUGCCAACCAACAGUCAGGCUUCACUGAUGCAGGUGCUUUGAGGCCGAUGCACCCACCAGCCAUACAUCCUUCUGCUCCAGGACUGCUGCCCACACCGUCAAUGGCGGUCCAGAUUCCCACUGCAAAGGCCCCAUUCCAGAGCUCUCCCCAGGGCGCUCCUCGCCACGGCUUCCUCCCCCACAGCCAGAGUGGGCAGAGGUUCUACCACCACGGCAAGUAACUCACAGCCACCUUCACCUUCGUCGUCAGUGAGACUUCACAGCUCCACUCAAGAUUUCGGGGAACCUUUCAGACGAGCAUUGGAUCAUCUUCUUAAGAAACAAACAAAGUAACUUGUCUGGAUGAUGCCACAUGAUUUGUGUUUUAAUUUCCUGUACAGUAUCUUGUUUUUACGUUAAUGAGCGAUCAGUGGUCCUCAUGGUUACAUGCUUCUGUAAACAUCCAGCUUUGACUUUUUACAUAUGAUGUUAAUUUUUAAAAUAGAUUAUUUUAGCUACACUGUAAAGCCGUUCUGGAGGUGCUCGUGUGUACUGAAGUGUUAAUAUCUUGUACAAAGCAAGACUGCACGAACCAGAGCUUAUUCUUUGUAUACUAACAUUCAGAAUUACGACGUCAGUGAAAGGGAUCAGUGUCUCUGUAGUGACUCUGCUCCCUCAAAAGAUUAGAGGCAAACUUUCAGCAACACUUAGUUAAAUUUAGAGUAGGUGGAUUAAAUCAACAUGUGUCCGCUAAAAUCACACGCACACUGAUGAACACUACUAUAACUGAAAUAUUUCAUGUGUCGCUGGUUUCCAUCAGGGUCGGUGACCACAAAUGAAGUCUCUGCUGUUUUAAAGCUUUCAUGUUGCCAAAUAAAACGACAAGCAAACGUCCCAACAGUUUGUGUCAUCUUUAUUUUUUUUAUUUUUUUGGCCAUGGAGACAUUCUGCACAGUUUGGAUUUGCUGUAUGAACAGAAAGUAAGGAUACCAAACUGCCACAAGUUAUCUGCCUCCUGAAUCAUCGUUAAAAAAUCCAGGAGGAUGCCAAAUUACAUCCCACUCAUGAGCAGUGUGAAGGCCAGCUCUGAGGACCUCUGCAAAGGGCUUUAGAAGGAGUGGAAGAAGGACUUUUUUUUUUAAACAGAAUUUGUUUGAGUUCAAAGCAGGGUUUUGUUUCCUUUUGACAAAUCCUCGAGACAGAAAACGAAUCGUGGUGUGCCAUGUUGGUAACCUUGUUUAAUGAGCAACUUUGAGGACAGCAGGGGGGGCUUGUUCAGAUCUCCACACAGAAAACACCAAACCUAGUACUCAACCCUGUGGCACACACUGAACAAGCCUCAACAGAAAAAUGCAGAUGUAAAGUUGAAGCCCUUCGUAUAACAGGGGAACAUGUAAAAAACAAAACC